UCCUCUCUGUGAUGAUUGUCAGUCAUCUGUCUUCGCUUCGCUUCAGUGGUUUAGUAGAUUGACGUUCCUGGACAGCUUCUACCCACGCAGCAUCCUCAUUCUGAUGCAACCGCAGUAACAUACCCACACACUCCUGCAGUUGCUUGUUCAGAGGCCCAUCAGCAUCUCCUUUUCCUCUUGUUGCUCCAUGUUUUUGUGUGCGCAGAGGCCAAAGAGUGGGGCAGUUAUCAGGACCAGCGCUGCAGUUACAGAGCAGGCAUGGGUGGGAGCAGGGCAGGGCUGCGUGCUCUCCGAACAGGCAGUGCGACAGGCUGGCUUCACCCAAGGAGAUAACUUUGUUCUGGGCCAGGAGAGAUGACAUCAUGAUGGAUGGCAAUGAAGAUGUGGGCGCAAGGGGCAGGAAGCGUUAUCUCACAUGAUGGCACCGAGAGGAUGGAGACACACACACGCACAUAAACACUUGUGGAUCACACUGCUCCUCGCUGAUACUCCAGUGGACUCGAACAGUAGUCACUCCCCACUGAACACACAUACGUACAUGCGGGAAUACACACCUCUGACAUGUUCACUCUUCCGCAGGGUCUAGGAGGUGGCUGUCAGUUAAAAGGCAUAAAUCAGACACAGAGGGCAGGUCACUGUGGGUGACUGUUGGGUUACUGUCACUUUCCACUGCACAGCAUCUAAAACUUUUGGAAAAUACACUGAAGAGACUGAUCUCAAGAAGGACUCCCGGCUUAUGCUGUAGUGAUCUCCUCUGCAGGUUUUCUCUGGUGCACGAUGUGUCGCCUCUUGAAUGUCUUGCUGGCCUUGCUGAGCCGCUUCCUGUUUGCUGUCCACGGGGUGGUGACGGUGUGGCGAGUUGUAGCUGUUAAAGGGGAGCCGCUCUAUUGGCUGCUGCUGACAGGCGUGGCUCUGUUGGGUGUGGAAAUGGCCGUCACUCUGAAAUGCACCCGUAAUGCAGAGUGGAAAUGGUUCUCCCCCAUGGUUUUCCUGUACCUCAGUACUGUCAUCCCGUCCAUUUGGUUUCUGGAGCUGAGCCUGCUACAGUCCAAGCUGCCUUUCAACAAUUCCUCAGGCCAUGAGCUUCGUUUGCUGGCUCACAUCCCGAUCUCAGCGGGGAUUAAGGAUCUGGACCCAGAGAACUGGGUAGCUGGCCUGGAGCAAACCAUGCUGAUAGUCUUGGUUCUGGGUCGCUGGCUAAUGCCCAAGGGGGACAUGUCACGUGACCAACUCUCACAGCUUCUCAUGGUGAAUGUGGGACUGGGUGCUGACAUCCUGGACAUCUUCGACACCUUCAAGGAGCCCGAGGUCAAAACCAACCAGGCAGUUGUCAUCAUCGGCUUGGCCCUUUUCUCUUGGGCGCUCAUGCAGUUUCCUCUGGUUCUCACUCAGACACGACCCCAAAAGGCUGGGCCUUCUCAAGACAGCAAGGGUGGUUCCUUCUGCUGCUCCGGGGCUCCACCCUCACUCACCUCCUGCUGCUCCAGCGAAGUCUGGAGCUUGCUGCUCACAGUGGGACUCCAAGAUGGCCCGUUCCUGCUCUACCGGAUCUACCUCAUGGUGCAAGAGCAGGUCCUCAACCAGCUGAUGAUUUUCUUCACCUGCAAGAAUAUCCUCAUCGUUCUUUUGGAGCUCUACAGAAUAUUUGUGGUGCAGUGUGAGCAGCAGGUAUCUGGGCUGGAGAGAUGUGCUGCUCUGGUGCUCCAGUGUCAAGCCCAUGGGGGCAGCAGGGAGGAGGAGGAGGUGGAAGAAGAAGUGGGUAAAGACGAGUGUUGCGAAGAGCAGAGCUGUCAUAUAGACAUGAAGAAAGGGACCGAAAGGGAGGAAGAUCAGAGAGGUGUCCAGGUAUAGAAAGGCUCAAAAUGCCGUGAGGCAUGACUCCGGCCCCCAGGAGGGAGGGAAUAGCUUUCACCAAGAAUGAAGUCUAAACCCAUCUGCCAUCUCUUACAUCUCAGCCUCGUUUGGAGACAGUCUCGGCUCUCUGGAGGUUCAGCGACUAGAAACAGAGCACAAGAAAAGAGAGUAAGUCCCCAUUGAAAAGAUCAGAGAUGAAUUUAUGCAACUCCCUUUGAUAAAAGUGGUGUUUCCAUCACGGGAGCUUUCUCUGCUCAAGAAAAUCAGUUCCACAGAACUGUCAAUCUCUUUAAUAGUAUGAAGCAAAUAACAAAGUAGCUGAAAGAAGAUAAAUACAUCUGGGAACUUUACACUUCAACAAACUGGUCUGAAUAAACAAGAGCUUAGUAUAUGGAAUAGUAUGACUGCAUCAUGAUAUGUCCUUGUGUUUUUAACCAAAUAAGGUUGGUAAUCAUGGCACUCGAUGUUCUAUGAAAUAAAAAAUGCUUAAUUUGAUGAUGUGUCUUUUCUUGCUAGUGAAUGAGC